AACGGUUAAUCAAAUGUUUGCUGUUCUUUUACAGUAGUGUUGAGAGACUUAAGCUGAGAAGAAUGGAAGUCUUGCUAUUGGAGAUUGAAGAUCCAGGUUGCUUUUGGGUUACUAUGAAAGGAUGUGAGCCUUACAUAGUCGAUGAAAUAGAAUAUAAAAACCUGAAUGCUGAAAUGAAUCAGUUCUAUGACAAAUCUUAUAAAGAUGUGGAUGAAGUAAAACCACCAACAGUAGAAGAAGGCCAGAUUUGUGUGGUUUUCAGUGAGGAACUCAAAUGUUGGUGUAGAGCGCUUAUAAAGUCAAUCAUGUACUGUACAGAUCAUUAUCAAACAGAAUGUUUUCUUGUGGAUUAUGCCAAAUACAUUUUUGUUAAAUCAAAAGACAUUCGAGUUGCACUGGAAGCAUUUAUGCGGAUCCCAUAUAGAGCAAAAAAGUGUAGACUGUUUCGCACAAAACCGGUGACGUUGCGUAUCGACUUUUGUGAAGAUACGGCAAAAAUAGUACCAGCCAGAAGAUGGGAUAGUGCUGCUACUCGGUAUUUUCAAAACCUUCUCAAAGCAACUACCCAAAUGAAAGCCAAGUUAUGUGCUGUAGAAGGUAACACAUUUGAUGUUUUUCUUUAUGUGACAAUAAAAGAUGAAAAGGUAUGCGUUAAUGAUGAUCUUGUCUCAAAGAACUUUGCUCGUUUUGAGGAAGCUAAAGAGAAUACAGGGAGUUGUGCAGAUUAUCAGGAGAACCAAACAUCAUUAAAUGCUGAGUCUCUUCCAAUGGAAAUUGUUAAUCCUGCGCAUGCUUUCAGGCCAGUGCUGUUUCAGGAGAAGAUACCAACAAAUCUUGAAACAGGUCUUGCAGUUUCCAGUUCCUUUCUUGAAGAGACAUACAAAAGAUCAAGCACAGAUCUAAAUGAAAGUACUGCAUCUAUUGUCAAAGCAAUUCCAAUUUUACCUUUCAAGGAAAAUACAGCAGUUUGCCCAGACAGGCUUCAGCAGUUCUUAAAUUCUCAUCCUCUGAAGACACACAUAAUUGAAGAUGACCAACAGAGUUUUCAAAAUCUUAGUGAAGAAAGAAACAUUGUCUGUCUUAGCAACAAAAUUGAGCCAUCGCCAAUUCUGGAAACAGCACCACUUUUUGAUGGUCUGAAAAAGGAACUUACUCGGAAAAAAUUCUUAGGCCCUAACUUCACAGAAUCUUACUGUUGGCCUCCAGUAGCUCGAGGAUGUGAUGUAGUUGCCAUAUCGUAUCAGGGAGAUGAUCCUUUCUUAUAUAUUCCACCAGUUCUUACGUUUUUGCAGUCGGGAAGUUGCUACAAAGCCUUGCCAAACAGGAAUGGACCGCUAGCACUUAUUUUAUGUCCUGGGUGGAAGAAGGCACAUCUUGUUUUUGAGCUACUGAAAACAUACGAGAGAUGUUCCAGACAGCUUCAUCCAAUGCUGAUAAUACUGGGGCAGAACAAAGAAGAAGCUAGAAGUGUGAAAAUACGAGGAUGCCAAGUCAUCGUGACUACACCGUAUAGUCUCCUGAGACUGUUUGAACAUCACAGUUUAUUAUUUUGUAGACUUUGCCAUCUUGUUCUUGAUGAGAUUGAGGUACUGUUCUCUGAUGCUAUUGAACAGGUUUUUACUAUAUUAGAUUGUUACAAGAAAGCCAUUAUUACUGAAGGGUGGGAGUAUUCACCACAUCAGAUCAUUGCUGUUGGAACUCGUUGGAAUAAACAUAUGCCACGCCUGAUAAAGGAGUUCAUGAAUGAUCCUUACAUUGUGAUAACAGCUAUGGAAGAAGCUUCCAUCUAUGGAAAUGUGCAACAGGUCGUGCAACCUUGCAUGAACAGUGAGAGAACUGCUGUGUUACUUAAAAUACUGGAUUUUACCCACAAUAAUCUUCAGAAGGUGCUGGUAUUCACUAAUUCAGUAAAUGAAGUAGAAAUGAUUCAUAAGGUACUGAAGAGCAACUCAAUAUUUUCCUUGAAAAUACAUGAAAAGAGUGAGUGUAGUUUCAAGUAUAUCAUAGAGCAAUGGACAAAAAAGUAUAGUUCUGGCACUCAUGUUGUCUUAGUUUUAACAGAUGACUGCAUGCAGUCUUUGAGAAUUACAGAUGCAACUUGCGUGAUACAUUUCAGUUUUCCUUCUCCAAGAAUCUUUGGUCAACGUCUACACACCAUGUCUGACAACUUCUGUAAUGUGAUGAAGGAUUCUUCUGUAGAUCAGCAACAUACAAAGGCAAGGUCAAUCAUUCUGCUAACAGAAAACAACAAUGCAUGUCAUGCACUUGGGAUCCUGCACUAUUUGCAGCAUGCAGAAGCUGAAAUUCCACCAGAACUGCAUGAUUUUAUGGCCAAGAUGCUAGAAGCUGAGGAAGAUAAGAAAUUUUCAAGGCCACUGUGUGCCUAUCUUAAAACGUUUGGGACUUGCAAGAGUAGAACAGCGUGUCCAGAUCGUCAUCAAAUUAAUCUACAAAUAGAUGUGUGCCAGAAUAUACCAGAUAAAAUUAUACAAAUGCCUGGAUGUGUGACAAUACUGCCUCUCCACAUUGUAAAUGCAACAAACUACUUUGGUCGAAUAGUAGAUAAACAAAAGGACCAAUAUACAAUUCUUGCUGAAGAAAUUAAUGAGUAUUUUAAGAAACCUAGUAAUAAAACUACUGUUAAAAACGUGGAGAAGCUGGCGUUUUAUGGAUUAUGUGAGAAAACACUUUUUCACAGGGUUCAGGUACUAGAGAUUUCCCCAAAAGAGGAGGAAAAUUUGUUCUUUAACGUCAAAAUUAAAUACAUAGACGAAGGCAGAACAAGUCAAGUUCAGAGCUAUCAGCUGCUUCACUUACCUGCAAAGUUUCAAUGUCUGCCACCUCAGGCUGUGGAAUUUGUAGUUUGUAGAGUGAAACCCAUUGAUAAUGAAAUUGAAUGGAACCCAAAGGUAACUCAUUAUAUUCAUCACAAAAUUAAAGGAAAACUACAUGAAGCAAAAAUAGUACAUACCUUGGGAAAUACAGCUUGGGUUGACCCAAUGGUCCGGGUUACCAGGCUUUCAGAUUUGAAGAUGUCGGUCAAUGAAUACAACGUUCGAUCUGAGAUUUUGUCUACGGGUCUGGGAACUGAUAAUCCAGAACAUAUAACACAACUUCAGAAGUUGUGCGGACACAUAAAAGUGUUAGAUGAUGUAAAGAACUUGGAGCCUUUAAGCAUAAAGGAGGAUACAGCUGGUCCAAAGAAUGUGUCCAAUCCACAGAGUAUGUCAAUACAAGAAAAUUCUACUGAAAACUGUAAUUCUUCUAAAAUUACUUUUGGGGAUCAUCAGUGUGAUGGUGGUGUAGCUCAAACUAAGGAAACAGAAGACUCUACCCUGCAUCAGCAUAAAUGCUUUUAUCCAGAAAUAAAGUGGUUUCAAAAUGAAGAGACUGUUACCGUGAAGGUAAAAAUAGCAAGUGUAGCUGACUGUAAAUGUGAGUUCUCUAAAGAGAAGGUGGUUUUCAGUGCUUGUUCAGGAGACAAACUUUAUUUGGCUGACAUGGAGCUGCAUCAAUAUAUACUUGCAGAAAAGUCUACAUGUGUGAUUAAGGAUAAAGAGGCUAUUAUUGUUCUUGUAAAAGAGAAAAAAGGAGCAUGGUGCAAAUUACUGAAGAACAAGAAUCCUCACGUCUCUCUUGAUUUUGAACACUGGGAAGAUUUUGAAGAUAAAAACCCUUUUCCAGUUGGUACUAAAAAACUGUAUUGCCCUGCUGCAGUAACGGAAGAAUUGGUUGAGUCCUCAGAAGACAGUGAAACAGAAAGUGAUGAGUAAUUUGUAGACAGAUCUUUUUCCUCUGAUAAGAAUUAUGCUUCAAAAUAGUGUCUCUUGCAUGAGUGUUUUCCACUAAAAUUGAUGAAACUAAACACGUAGGUUGCAGAACUGUCCUUAAUUUUAGGAGGAAAAUAGUGAACCAACUCCUUAGCUUUGGGCUCUGACAAUCUGAAGAAAUCCUCCAUAGAAGAACAUUGUGUAUGUUUUCCAGUGCCUUCACUUUAAAAUUGUUGGCUUUAAUGAUGAUGUGCAUAUAUGUAUGUCUGCUGUCCAAACACAUCUAAAGGUUUAAACUUGUGUUAUGAAGCAGUUGAAUUCAUUAGUGAUUACAGAGCUUCUAGUUUACUUUAUCUGAGUGAAUUUGCUGUGUUAGCAAUGGUUAGUAAUUUUUGAAGUUUCACAAAUCCUGAUGAUCUGUCGAUUGUUUCUACCAUAACCUUCGCAUUCACACAGUAUCAGUUUGUUGGCAAUCAUGACGUUUGUCAGUUCUGCAUCAAGAAAUGAUGCCUCAACUCCAGUGGCAAUUUUUUGCACUAGAUUGGGAACAUGUUGACUUGGUAUGAAAUACUGUACAGUGCAGCUCACUGUAGUAACUAACUGCUGUACAGCUUUUGUGGAACGAGCACUGUGAUAGUAGAUUUGGUAUUUGUUUUCAGUUUGACGUUUUCACUUUUCAUGAAUGCUCUUAUUUCAUUCCCUCUUAUUUCAUGUAUCUAAAACUUUUCUUGUUUGCAAAUGAACAAUAAAAUUUUGCCUGUUUAGCACUAAGGCUUUGCC